GGCGUUUUGCCUUCAAAAUAAAAUAAAAUAAUUUUUCCUUACGGCAAUAGAAACAUCGGCGUUUACUCGAAUUAUUACACAUUGAAUGAUGUUGUAUUUUAUAGAAUAUUUAGGUGAAGCUAAAUAAGAGGGCAUUACAAAUCUUCAAGAACAAAUGACCACAUUUUUUUUAAAAAAUUUUACUUUGAAAAUUUCAACAUGGAAGUUAUAGGUUCUCCUUGCUAGCUUGACGGACGCUAACCUCCGCGGGAGAGCGCUUGUCCGAGGAUAAUCGCAGGUGGCGAGCUUGACAAAUUGGCGGACGACAGAAACAUGCGUUUGUGCGCCAUUUAAGACAGAAAAAAAUAUACACCCCCCCCCUAAAAAAAAAAAUAAUAAUAAUAACACCCCCAGGGAAUAUUAGCCUCAGUUCUCUUGCGCCGUUGCUGGUCGGGUAACCGACAAUGCGCUCGCCGGCUCGGUUCGUCGCGAGCUGGGCUCCGGCCGUCCACAUCCGACACCUCCUCCUCUUCCUGUGCUGCACGUUCGGGAUGGUCGACGCGGCCGGGAGCCCGCGGCCCUGCACGGAGGGGGACUACUACUUUGAGUACACCGAGUGCCACAGUUCGGGCUCCCGGUGGCGGGCGGCCAUUCCGCAUGAGCCCGGCGCCUGCGUCGGCCUGCCCGAGCCGGUGCGCGGCACAGAUUGCACCUUUUCGUGCAAAGCCGGCGAGUUCCUGGAGAUGUCGGCCCAGGAGUGCACCCGCUGCGCGGCGGGGAGCUACUCCCUGGGCAGCGGCGUCCGCUUCGACCAGUGGGACGCCAUGCCGGCGGGAUUCAGUAGCCUAGCGACCGGCCUGCAGUUCGGCGCCCACCGGGACGGCGACCUCGCGUGCAACAGCUCUUCUUGGGUGCCUCAGGGAAGCUAUCUGGAGUCCAACAGGGACGAGUGCACGGUCUCGCUGGUGUACUCGGUUCAUCUGAAGAAGCAGGGCUCCGUCACCUUCGAGUACCAGUACCCAGACAACAACCUGCUAUUUGAGUUCUUUAUCCAGAACGACCAGUGUCAAGAAAUGGACCCGGCUGCAGAAACUAAGUGGGUCAAGCUCACCAACCAAGGAGAGUGGGCGAUGCACACGGUGAACCUCCAAUCUGGCACGAACAUCAUGUACUGGAGGACCGGCGCCGUCACGGUGGGCACCAAAGCGGUGAAACCCGUCCUGCUUAAAAAUGUCCAAAUAGAAGGAGUGGCCUACACAUCCGAGUGUUUCCCGUGCAAGCCGGGCACCUUCAGCCGAGUGCCGGGCUCGUCCUCGUGCGAGCCUUGCCCCCGGGACACCUUUUCGGGCCACGGGGCCAGCUCCUGCUCGCCUUGCGACGCCGCCACUCAGUAUGCAGAUGAGGGGUCCGAAAAGUGCAAAACCAGACCGCCAUGCACCAAGAAGGACUUCUUCAACAUUCACACGGCGUGCGACAACGACGGCAAGACCCAGAUCCGUUACAAGUGGAUCGAGCCCAAGGUCUGCCUGGAGAACCUGUCCGGAGCGGUGACGCUGCCCCCUGGCGGCGAGCGAGAGCCCUGCCCUCCCUGCAACCCCGGCUUCUACAACAACGACACUUUCGUCUGCUCGCCCUGCCCCCCCGGGACGUCCUCCGACGGGAUUAAACCGUGUCAGCCGUGCCCGGCGGGCACCGAGCCCACCCUCGGUUUUGAGUACAAGUGGUGGAACGUUCUUCCCGCUAACAUGAAGACGUCCUGCUUCAACGUGGGCAACUCAAAGUGUGACACCAUGAACGGCUGGGAGGUGGCCCGCGACCACAUCCGGAGCGGAGCGGGCAGCUCCGAUAACGACUACCUCAUCCUCAGCAUCCACAUUCCCGGGUUCAAGCUCCCGACGUCCAUCUCCAGUCACAAGGGCACCGAGUUCAGCCGGAUUACGUUCGAGUUCGAGACGGUGUGCUCCGGUGACUGUGAAUUCUACUUUAUGAUGGAUGUGAACAGGAGGAGCACCACCGUGGUAGAGUCGUGGGAAAGGAGCAAAACCCGACAGUCGUACACUCACGUGUUGACCAAGAACGCCUCCGUUUCCUACACGUGGGCUUUCCAGAGGACCAAUCAGCCCACGGGCGCCCGCCGCUACGUCAACGACGUGGCGCGCAUCUACUCCAUCGCGGUGACCAACGCCGUCGACGGGGUUUCGUCCGAGUGUCGCGCCUGCGCCCUCAGCACGCAGCCGUCCGACUCGGCGUGCGUGCCGUGCCCGCCGGGUCACUACAUCGACCCGCAGAGCAGCCGAUGCGCCGAGUGCCCUCCCGACACGUACCUGCUCCCACAGGCCACGCCGGGACAGGACGCCUGCAAGCCUUGUGGACCGGGCAGCCAGAGCACCAAGGAUCACCACCUGUGCUACAGCGACUGCCGCUUCACACACACGGACAGCAACGUCACCAUGACCUUCGACUUCACCCCGCUGGGCUCGGUGGGGACGCUGAUGAACGGGCCGAGCUUCACCUCCAAGGGGACCAAAUACUUCCAUCAGUUCAACAUCAGCUUGUGCGGCGGGCAGGAGCAGAUGGCGUCAUGCAAAGACAACGUGACCGACUUGUCUGUCAGCGAUUCGCUGAGCGAUCGCGGCGACGGCGGCGGCGGCAACGCCGUCAAGGCCUUCAUCUGCCAAUCGACCGUAAUCCCAGCCAGCGGACGAGGACUGAACACGGCGCUCACCUCGCAGUCGAUUAACCUGGCUGACACCUUCCUGGGCGCAACGGUCGACAGUACACUUGCCGGUAUUCAGGCCAAACCAGAACUGUACCCCCGCACCUCCUCGAAAGUGCCAGAUGUCAACUUCUACUUCCGGUCUCUGGAGAUCACGACUUCUUGCGAACUGGGCCGCAGCACGGUGGUGUCGGUGCGCUGCAAUCCCGAGAAGAGCGCCAAAGGAGAACUCUCCGUGCCCAGUUCGUGCCCGGCGGGAACGUGCGACGGCUGCACCUUUCAUUUCCUGUGGGAGAGCUCGGCGGCGUGUCCCACCUGCUCCAAGAGUGACUACCACCGUCUGGAAGGAGCCUGCAAGGCGGGACAACAGGACGUGUUGUACGUGUGGACGGAGCCCAAAGUCUGCAUGGGGGGGGUGAGCCUGCCCGACAAGGAGACGUUGCCGUGCGAAUCCAUGGACUUCUGGGUGCGUCUGGGCGCGGGAUUGGGCGCCUUCACCGCCGUGCUGCUUGUCUCGCUCACCUGCUACUUCUGGAAGAAGAACAAGCGGUUGGAGUAUAAGUACUCGCGCCUGGUCAUGUCGGCCAACAGCAAGGAGUGCGAGCUGCCGGGCGCCGACAGCUGCGCCGUCAUGGAGGGCGAGAACGAGGGCGACGUGGACGACGAGGUGGUCUACUCCAAACCUUCGCUGCUCGGCAAGCUCAAAGCCAUCGCGUCCAAGAAAAAUGGUGACAACUAUGAAAACAUGCAGCUGAACUCAUCUCAUUCCAAAGCUUUGGUGUGGAGUUAAAGCGACGGCGCAAUUGAACAGGGAAGAGACCCUCAGGAGAUGUCCACUGGAGGAGAAGACCCCCCCCCCCCCCUUUAAACCAGCCACCCGCCCUUUUGAGCUUUGCUGGGUGCAGACUCACAACAACAACAACAACACACACACAUACACAACACACAUGUGCACACACAGUGGCCUUCAAGUGGGUACGAGUGGGUAAGAGCUCAGGGUAAGAUGAGGAGCUUUGUCUUUUAUUUUAGUUUUAUUUUUUUCAUUUUUUGAAAUUACCUUGAGUCAAUUCUGUGCGCCCCCCCCCCCCCAACCUCAUCAGCGGCCGCCUGUCAUCUGCGUGUAUUUUGUUUUUGUUUUUUGCUCCAAAUGUUGUACGGCUACGUGGACGCUGUGAGAACUUGGACAUGUCGAGGUUUAUGUUGUACUUCAAAUAAAUGGACUUAUUUAUGUAUAAGUGGA